AUCCCUGUUCUAACGAUUAAAUUUAUAUACAUGUUUAUUUGAGAGAUGAAAAUUUAUUCGCCUUGUUAGAUUUGAAUGAAAUAAUGUUCAAAAAUGGUUCAUUAUCACUUUUAAAGGAUUAUGGUGAAGAUAGUUCAGAUGAUGACGUACCUGGACCGCGAGUAUCUACAAAAAGAACUUUUAAAGAAGAAAAUGAAAGCACUUUUUUCAAAAAAAAAUUACCAGUUCCAGAGGUACUACUAAAAAGUGGUAAACCAGUUGAAGAUCAUGUUGACGAUCCUCUGCUACAUGGUGGUAGAGUAAGAUCGUUUGCACAUGAACGAGGUAACUGGGCAACGUUUGUAUAUAUUACACCAAAUAAAAUAGAAGGUAUAAAAGACUUAGUUGAAGAUAUUGUUAAUAUGGUUCCAAAUAUACCUUUAUAUCCAGUGGAAGAAUUCCAUAUAAGUCUGACUAAAACUGUGAUACUAAAGCAUCAUUGGAUAACUUCGUUUAUGGAAAGCAUUAAAUUGAGAACUAAUUAUUUCAAUAAGUUUAUGAUUCUUUUUAGUAAUCUGAAUAUUUAUUGCAACGAAGAACGGACUAGGACUUUUGUUGGUUUGCAAAUCAAAUCAGGAUAUGAUUCUUUAAUCAGAUUAGUUGAUAUUUUAAAUUUAUGUUUAGAAGAGUUCAAAUUGCCACCAUUUUAUAAGGAUCCAUCUUUUCAUAUGAGUAUUGUUUGGUGUGUCGGAGAUCAUGAAGAAGAAUUGAAUAGUUUAUUAUCAAAAUUAAAUUCUAAAUUACAAGAUUUAAUGGAAACAUAUUCUCAGGAUUGCUGGUAUAUUUAUGUGAAUACAUUGAUGUGUAAAACAGGCAACAAACUGUUUAAAUUUGAUCUAUCAUGAUGGAAAUGUAAUUUUCUAAAGUUUUUGAUAAAAUGUUUAUUAUAUUAAAGUAAAACCACCAUUGCCCGAGAGGGAGUGAAUGUUAAA